AUGGUCUCCAACGGAUACAUUGGUGACUCUUUCCCCAAUGGAUUCAACAACUCCGGCACCUUCAUGACCCAGCACGGUUGGAAACAAACCCUCGGGAUCGGUGCCACUAAGUGUGUACGCAUCUGUGUGACAUACACCCGUGGCAAGCACUUUGACGCGGACCUCGUUUGCUUUCGGGGCUUGGACUUGGAUCUCUUCGAUGACGAGAUCGCUAUUCGGACCCCAGGCGACCGCAGCACGGCAAGUGAUAGUUCCAGCUGUCAUGGCUUCAAUGUGAGACCAACGUUUACCUGCUUUUGCAGAUGUGAAGAAGUGGUGAACGGUGCAGCGUGGGGUAGGGCGGAUAAAUCUGAGGAGAUUGCGGUUCGAUUCGAGAGCAUCGCAUCGAACUGA